AUGGCCAAUGCAAGCCCCUGUAAGCCAUCGUCCACCGGUGCGUCUACCACCGAAACCACCUCUGCUGGCUUUACCUCCAACACUGAAACCGCAUCUGCCACCAUUGUCGAGACUAGCACUUUCGUUACCGAGAUAGAGACAGCCGUGGAGACUACUGCAGAUGCUACUAGCACUAUUGAGGCGUCGACGACCGUUUCCGAGGCUGCUGCUACAACUACGACAGUCGAUGGACCCCUGAUCACCAAUGCCGGCUUUGAAGAUGGCACGACUGCCCCAUGGGAGUUAAUUAGCGAAAAAGACGACACCUUGGUCCUUGCCGGCGGUGCUUAUGAGGGCACAGCCUUAGGGAAAGUCUAUUUCACCACCAAAGAUGGUGCCCAAUACGGCAACAUCAUCAUGCAAAAGAUCAACAAAAAGGCACUCAAGGCAGGAUCAUACUCGCUCGAGGGAUGGACUCGCGUCGAUUACUUCAGCGAAACCGGCGAUGGCUGCAGUAAUAUCAUCGCGGCGUGCCUUAGGGGAUCCGCGGGAGGCAUUGUUCCUGUCCCUGGUUCAGCUGUCCGGGACAGCGCUCGGAGUGCCGUCGAUGGCUUUCACCAGAUGGCCACUAGUUGUACAAUUACCCAAGACAUGAUCGAUGCGGAUCUUCCCAUCAAUAUCGUGUUUGGAUUCAACUGUGCUAAUGCGGGUGCCUAUCUUGAUUCUGUUGAGCUCAAACUAAUCGACGGCACUGAAAUUCCUGCUGAGGGCUCAACAACCACCACUCAGGCGGCCCCCGUGUUCACAUAA